UUCCUUUUGCUCCAGGUAAACAUGAGUGAACCACAGAGUACUCCAGAACAGAUGGCAGCUGGAAAGAGCCAUGGUGGUAUUGGCGGCAACUACAAGAUCACGCUCUAUGAAUUGGAGAAUUUCCAGGGGAAGAAGUGCGAGCUCACUGGAGAGUGCCAGAACUUGGGAGAGAAAGGGCUUGAGAAAGUUGGAUCAAUCCAGGUGGAAUCUGGACCAUGGCUCAGUUUUGAGCGCCAAGCAUUUGGUGGAGAACAGUUUGUCCUGGAAAAGGGGGACUAUCCAAGAUGGGACACCUGGUCUAACAGCCACAGGAGCGACUAUUUGAUGUCCAUCCGUCCCUUGAACAUUGACAGCGCUGAUCAUAAAAUCCACCUAUUUGAAAAUGCUGGCUAUAAUGGAAGGAAGAUGGAGAUUGUGGAUGACGAUGUACCCAGUCUUUGGGCUCAUGGCUUCCAGGAUCGUGUGGCCAGUAUUAAGGUCCUCAAUGGAACUUGGGUAGGAUAUGAAUAUCCUGGCUACAGAGGUCGUCAGUAUGUCUUUGAGAAGAAUGAAUACAGGCACUGGAAUGACUGGGAGGCCAACCAACCCCAGAUACAGUCUGUUCGCCGUAUCCGUGACAUGCAGUGGCACAAGCGUGGUUGCUUUGCUCCAGCCCCAGUAGCAGCAGCUUCUGCUGCCCCUGCCCCUGCCCCAGCAAGUAGCUGAAGGAGA